CAGCCAGCCAGGCAGUCAGUAAGCUCGGUUACCUUGGAGGCCACAGACGCAGCACCGGUUGCUACCUGCCGCUCGCGUCGUGCCGCGGCUGGAGGAGCGCGCGCGCGUGUGUGUGAGUGUGUGUGUGUGUUUGUGUUUGUGCGUGUUCUGCGGGCUUCAUGUCACUUGCACCCGACCGUCUGCACGCCUAGAAAGAAGAUGGAACGCUGUCGGACCGAUGGAUUUCCCUCGUGUGCAGGGCGCUGGCUGGUGGCGCUGCUCUUGCUGCAGCUGGCCGCCGCGGCGCUGGGCUCGCUGUCCGGCCUCUACAUCGACAACGGCGUCGACCAGACGCUGAUGCAGCGCUCGCUCACCCGCCACGAGCGCCAGGAGGUGGAGCACGAGAUCCUGAACCUGCUGGGGUUGCCGGACCGGCCGCGGCCCCCGCAGCCCAGCCACAGCCGCCUGCGCUCCGGCGGCGCCAAAGAGGCCCGCCAGCGCGGCCGCGCGCGCCUGCACCCGCACCUGGGCGCGUCCGCGCCGCAGUUCCUCCUCGACGUCUACCAGUCCCUGGAGGAGACGGGCAGCCUGCUGCACCACGACGACGGCAAGGCCGGCGACUUCAACAUCACGGGCAACGACCAGACCGCCAUCGACCAGAGCGACGUCAUCAUGACGUUCACCAGCCACAACAAGCACGUGAGUGGGCUGCGGCACGAGCGCGGGAAGCGGCUGUGGUUCGACGUCUCCGAGGUCCCCGUCGGCGAGGGCAUCAUGGGCGCGGAGCUCCGCCUGUACCAGAGGCCGGCGGCCCGCGACGCGCACGUCCAGGGCGACGGCACCUUCACCAUCACCGCCUACCUGGUCGUCAGCGUGGAGCACGGAGAGAAAGAGCUCGAGUUCGUGGACGCCGUCAACACGACGCACUCCAACCAGGGCUGGCACGUGUUCAACAUGACGGGCCCGCUCACCAACUGGGUGGCCUUCCCCGGCUCCAACCUGGGGCUGUACCUGUCUGUGAGGCCCGCGGCCGCGGCCGCCGCCGCCCCCGCCGAGCGACCCGGCCACGAGCUGCGGCCCGAGGAGAUCGGCCUGGUGAGCGCGGGCGGCGAGGAGGAGAAGCAGCCCUUCAUGGUGGCCUUCAUGAAGGCGAGCCCGGCCAACGCCAAAGUGAGGACGACCCGCGACACUGGCCGGCGUCGGCUCAAGAAGGCUGACGUGUCUGCUGUGGAGCCCAAUCUGCCGAGGAACCCCUUCGAUCGGUCGCUGUGGUCUGCUAGAACCUGUCAAAUUAAGAAUUUAUAUGUGAGCUUCAAGGAUUUGGAUUGGCAGGAUUGGAUCAUAGCACCAGAUGGGUAUGCUGCAUUCUACUGCAGUGGCGAAUGUAAUUUCCCUCUAAACGCACAUAUGAAUGCCACUAACCAUGCUAUUGUGCAGACAUUAGUUCAUCUCAUCAACCCAACAGCUGUACCAAAGCCAUGUUGCGUUCCAACAAAGCUAACACCCAUCAGUGUUUUGUACUUUUUGGACGAUUCAAAUGUUGUGUUAAAGAGAUACAAAAACAUGGUUGUUAAAAGUUGUGGUUGUCAUUGAGACACAGCAGUUCCUACCACGUACUUGCUGUUGUUCCUCUCCGUCCAUAUGUUAAAAUGAAAAUUGUGAUCUUAAUAAUUAAGUAGAAAACUAAUGUUGACUGAUCAUUGACUGCUAAGUUUCUUUAUUUUAAGAUUUGAGAAGUGCCUUAUAGCUGUUAAGUAAUACUGCUUUUUAAAAAAAAAACGAUAUUUUAAAAAAACAACAAAUUGAAAAAUAAGUUGCCUUUGGACUGACAAGGGAACCUUUUCAGGUGUAAAUCUCCGAUUUCGUUGGUACUCGGAAAAUUUAAAGGUUAUUAUAAUAGAAGUCGGAUGGCACUUGAAAUUUUUCCUAAACUUAACAUUUACUAGGGGUUUACUUAAGCCUGACACUGUUUUUUGCUCUAAAUAUCCCUCUACUGCUUAAACGGUUCAAAAUAGAGCAAAACGGACAAAAUUUUGGCCCAAAGGGCACUACUUUGACAAGUUACCCCUUACGACACUGCUUUUAAAUUUUUCAAAAAAUAUUUUUUUCUAACAUCUUACUCCUACCUUAUAUAGGGGAAAACUAAAUGUCAGGUUUAGGAAAAAUUUCAAGUGCCAUCCGAUUUCUACAUAAAUAACCUUCAAAUUUUCCAAGUUUCAACGAAAUCGGAGAUUUACACCUAAAAAGGUUCCCUUGUGAGCAAAGUAUCUCUGUCGAAGUGCUAAAGAGAGAAGCUUGCAGUGGAACUUUGUCUCACAACCCUAGUACCUGCUGAAAAACUGAAGACUUAAGUAAAGAUGUAAAGCUUUUUAUGUUCAUUGGUCUCAGAGUUGCAAUUUUAGAUGUAUCUAUUUGUCAGUCACAACGCGACUUUCCUUACAAAAUGUAAAUAGUGCCAAGCCUUUCGUACAUGUAGAAUAAACAGCUGUUAAAAAAAGAGA